AUGUUUGCAAAGGCUUCUCUCAUCAGUGCGCUGCUCAGCGCCGUCUCAGCUGAAACAAUCUGGGACGGCCGCUUCAACGACAUGACGUCGAGCGCCGACUUGGCCAAGUGGUCGUGGUCCAACCCCGUGGGCUCCUACCAAUACUACAUCCACGGCCCGGGCGCCGUAACUGAAUACGUCAACCUGGGCACGUCGUUUAAGAACCCGGCCGACAAGGCGUCCAAGCAGGGCGCCAAAAUCACCAUUGACGAGACGUCGCGGUGGAACGGGCAGACGAUGCUGCGCACAGAGCUGAUUCCGCAGACCAAGGCCGCCAUCAACAAGGGAAAAGUCUACUACCACUUCUCCAUCAAGUCGUCGACGCAGAACAAGCCCACGGCCACAAACGAGCACCAACUCGCCUUCUUCGAGUCCCACUUUACAGAGCUCAAGUACGGCGCGUCGGGCUCGGCAAACACAAAGCUGCAGUGGCACGUUGGCGGCGUCUCCAAGUGGGACACGGAGCUCGUUGCUGACGAGUGGCACAAUGUCGCCUAUGAAAUCGACUUUGACGGUGGCUCCGUCUCUUUCUGGCACUCGACCGGCAGCGACGAGCUGAAGAAGACGGCUGGCCCUUUUACCGCUAGCACGCAGUCCAACGGUGCGGACUGGCACGUGGGUGUUCUGAGGCUGCCUGGUUCCGCGGAUGCUGCUGGGGCCGAGGACUGGUUCUUCAGCGGCGUGUACAUUGAGGAUGGGUCGUUGACGACUAAGAUUGGCGAUGGAGCAGCGGCUGCCGAUAAGCCUGCUGACAAGCCUGCCGACAAGCCUGCUACUCCAUCUGCUACUCCCACUACUCUGGUGCCCGUCGCUUCUCCUAAGCCCGCUGAUUCCGCCCCAGCUGCUUCGUCUCCAGUUCCCUCUGCUUCCGCUUCUCCUUCGCCUUCGCCUGCUCCUGCUCCCGCACCUGGCUCUGGCUCUGGCUCUGGCUCUGGCUCUGGCUCUGGCUCUGGCUCUGGCUCUGGCUCUGGAUCUAGCUCUGGCUCUGGCUCUGGCUCUGGAUCUAGCUCUGGCUCUGGCUCUGCCUCCGACGCCGUCCUGCCCAAAGAGUUCACCAUCAAGGAGUUCAUCGCAUGGCUCCGAGCCAAGCAGAGCCAGAACUAA